GGGAAGGGAAGGAUGAGAAGGGGGGAGGACAGGCACGACAAUGCAUUCGUGGCUGUGUUCCUUCUUCUUUACUCUGUCAUGCAGGUCGUCUUGAGCGUGUGAUAGACGCCUCCCCCGAGGCCAGAUACGUUCAUACGGUGCAUGACUCGCUUCCUACCCCUUGACGGGCCCACACAUCAGGCGCAGCGAUGGACGCAUCGAUGGGCUCAUACAGGUCCGUAGUGAGUGCGCAUAAUGAGUUGGGGCUGUCAUUCAGUCAUUGGGAUGGUCCUUCCAUAUGGAUGUCACAUCUUCAGGUUCAUGGGGACGGCAAAAGGCCUCGCCAGGAUGAGACAAACGCAUUCCAUUCAACGUCAUCCGUCAUGGUAUGCUCAGGACAGCCGUGCACGUCAUGUGAUGACUUCUGUGAUCGCCUGUGUAUCGGGCAGUCAGUGCGUGAAGACUGAUGGUUCUGUCCCGUGUCGGCCGAUGUCAACAAGUCAACACACAGGAGGCACAAUGGACGAGUAACCAAGCAUGACAUACACAAGCCGAACAUACAGACAUCUACCUCUCUCUACCUCUCUCUCUUUGUCUGUGUCAGGAGAGGUGCGGCCCAUGCGAGUGGUGUUCACAAGACAGUCGUCAUCGCCCCAAUGUGGCUUCUGGUCGGUGUGACCCUAUCGACUGCGCCAACGUGGGCACAAACGCAUGGAUACAUGUGACACUUGCCAGCCAGUAUUCGCUUCAUUCCAUUUUCCAUCUUUUCAGUGCAGGGCACAUGGGUACAUAUAUACAUGAGAGGGAAACCCACCGAUGUCGCUGCUUUCCCGUAAGCAACAUGACACGCACGUGACCCGUUCGCCGAAUAGCCAGAGGCCGCUUUGUCUCUUGUCUGAGUGUCAGGAGUCCUUGUGUAGAGGGAGUGAUCUGUUAUCGAAUAUGGGGAGCGCCUGUCGGUCCGUGUGGCUUCUUCCUGGCGCCUUGUGAUUGAUCGAUGUUACCCAAUCGAUUGAGCCACUGUAGCCUCACGACAAUGGGUACAGACACAAGUGGGGCUCGGCAGCCAGUCUUCACUGACUUACAUCUCACCUUUCGUGCAGGGCAUAUGGGUAGUCACAUGAGGGAGAGAAGGGCGUGGAUGUCACUGCUCUCACUGCUCUUCUGUCGUGGCUUUGGUGGCUAAUCUAUCUGCCUGGCGCCGGCCAUGCCAUCGCUGUGUGCCAGGUGUUGAGUAGGCAGGAUCGGUGCAUGUGUGUCUGGGCUGUUGAUGUCAGUGAGGCGAUCCCAUUUUCGAGGUCAUUCCAUGAAGCUUGAAGGCAUCCACUCAGUGCCGAUGAAGGUGAAUGUCAUCUCAACAUACACACACUCACGCAAACCAUGACGUUUCUCUCAUCGUCGCUCUGCAAAGGUCAACAAGAAAUCGAGCUGUUCCGGUCCACAAUGGCUGGCUGGUCGAG